UUGUAUACAAAGCCUGCACGUGGUAUUCCAAGAAAUACGUUUCUGAAGCAGGAGAAGUCUAUAAAAUGGCAAUUUCAACAUGUGAUUUUAUGCAGUGCUGUUAAAACCCUCCUCAUAAGAUUCAAAUGCAAGUUAUUGCAAGGGUCAACGAACUUUUUCUCUGAAGGGCCAGAUAGUAAAUAUUUUAGGCUUUGCAAGGCAUAUGGACUCUGACAGAGCCAUCAGCUCUGCUGUUUUAGCGUGAAAGCAGCCAUGGACUAUACGUAAAAUGAACAAGUGGGGCUGUGUUCCAAUAAAACAUUUAUUUACCAAAACAGACUGCGGGCUGGAUUUGGCCAGCUCUUGGCAUACUACCCAAUAAUGUUCACUGGCAUUUUCUAGCGUUUGAGUAUUUGUUAUAGGCUACAAUUCUUUGUAAAUACCAUUAUUUCUUGCUUAUGUGACAUUUUAAAAAAGAUAUCCUCAUAAGAGGGAGUAAAGAAUAUUUGGAAGUAUUUUAAGAAUAGCUAUAAUUGGGAGAAUUCUGGAGAAAUUCCUGGAAAUUCACAUCUCUCAUCCCUAAAUCCCAAAGAUUAAUAUCUGUUUGAGAACUUGGAAACCCCCCAGAGAAGGGGAUCUGCUGUAUCUCCAUGCUCCUCCCUAAUUCUUGGUUUUGUCACCAUAUAUCUUUUUCUCAGCUUUGUAUGGCUUUCCCUGUUUUUUCUACUCCACGGUGUCCCCCCGAGUUUAUCAGUUGUCUGGGGCGUGUGGCCUAGUUUUGUUCCACUGGGAGAUUGGGGAUCUUGGGAACCAGCUGAUAUCCCCAUUGCCUUUCUCCAGAAUUACUGAGCUAUCAUACCUGCCUUUCUCACAUAUUCGAGUGUCUGGAAUAGGUUAUUCUUCAAGGAUACUCGGCAUUUAUUUGCUUGUCAUAGCGAAUAUUAUUUUAGAGCCAGAACAAGAGGACAUUUGUAGUGUGAUUUGUAGAUGAUUUGUGUUAUUGUUUGGGAUUGGCGUGCUUUAUGCUUUUCCUCCCACAGUGCUUUUGCACUCCUAUUAUUCUGAGAAGUAGAAAACAGGAAAGGGAACUAAGAAUAUUUACUAUGAGCGUUGAGUUCAGUUCUUACAAACUGUCAAGAUGCAAUUUUACUUAUUGGCAAUUAAGAACAUAGAUUUUGGAGUCAGCAAAACUUGAAUUGAUUCUUGUUUUUUCCGCUUAUUAAAAAAGUGUGAUCUUGGGCAGUGUUACGUCACCUCUCUAACAUUGUUUUCUUAUCUAUCAAAUGGGAAUAAUUGUACCUUCCUCUCAAUUUUUGUGCUCUUAGGAUUGAAACAAAUGAUGCAAGUUUGUGGUUAGCACAGUUCAGGAACUAAAGGCUCACUGAAUGAUAGCUGGCAUUGUUAGUAACCGUCAAAGGUGGAAGGCACUUAUACCCUAAUUCAUGGGAAAGGAAACAAACUCACAGAGAGGUUCAGUGAUAUGUGGAAGAUCAUAUUAAGUAGGUUGAAAAACUGGGUUUGGCUCUUUCCUAAGUCCAUGUUCUUGCAACCAUAUGCUGCUUCUUAAAGUAAUUGCAGUAAUUUUACAGCAAGAUUCACCAUGGUGUAUUUGGGUUAUGCGGCUGGGUGGAUAAACAGGGAAGAUAUGGGGUGAGGUUUGGUUUUUUUUUUCUUUAAAUUGAAGAUAAUUGGCAUAUAACGGUAUCUUAGUUUCAGGUAUACAACACAAUGAUUCCAUAUUUGUGUAUCUUGUAAAAUGAUGGCUACAAUAAGUGUAAUGAACAUCCAUCCGUCUCCAUACAAAGGGUGCUGUCAUGAAGUUUGCAGUAGUUGGAAGCUACAAUUUCUAGAGGCCAAGGAUGCAGUUAUAAUUAAAUAGUUGCGAAAACUUGCCCUGAAUUUUUUUUUCUUCCUGUUGCUUAGCUGCUAUGUUGACUGCCAAGAACUUGUUUGAUUUUAAGUACCUUUUAUGCUUGCCUGGUACUUAGGUCCCAUCAUAUUACAAUAACUUUUAAGAAACUAUGCACGUUCUUUUAAAUUGGAUUAAAGAAAAACAUACUGCCAUGUUAAACGUACACUUGGAGUAAGAACUAUUUUUUUUCCCUCUUUUUCCCUCUUCCUUACCCUUACUCUCUACCACUUCAGAGGAAUGUGCCUCUAGCCUUUAUGAAGGGUCAGAUUUUUGUACAGUGUGAUUUGCUGCCAAUAAUCAAACCUCAAUACAAUAAGCCAAACAAAGGAGUCAGCUAAGAUUUUAGAAAAAAAACUCAGCUCAAUGAAAGUUUUGUGACUAAAUGCUGGAGUUUGCUACAUAGAUUUUUAUUUUACAGCACUGAUUUUAAUUGGCACAUGUCUCUUUUGGUUUGUUUUUUUAUUUUUUUAACCAUUCUUGGGGUUUUGAACAUAACCGCUUUCCACUACCUUUCAGGAUCUGCCAAGCUUGGCUAUUGGCAUGAAGUGUAUUUGUGGGGAGAUGGGUGUCCUGUGUAGAACAUUUGAAGAGUUAAGUAUCUGGAAUUCGCUUUCCACUUUGGCUCCUUUUUUGCCAACCUGUUCUUCCUCGUAGUACACCACAGUUUUGACUUCAAUCCAUGGGUUAUUUGAGAACUUCAUGAAUUCCAAAACAAAUAUUAAAUUAUGUCUAAUUUGAAGACUUGAGUUUUAUCCAGUAACUCGAGAGCACCAGCUAUAUGUUAGGUACUGGGAAGAAAUGAUACAGCAGAAGGAUAGUAUGUGAUUCUUUCCUAGUUUUAAAUUGGUUUUGAGACAAACCAAUUUUGUCUAGUUCAAGACAGAGGAUUAAGUGCCAGGUUGAGUCAUAUAGAAUAUAAAUACCAGAGGAGUCAGAAUGGAAAGAUCUGGAAAAUAUAAGGAUCGUUAGAGAGAAGGCUAAACAGAGAGGCAGGAGAGCAUGGGUUGAAGGAAUUCCAUGCAGUGAAGGUAAUAGGUAGGGCUGGAAGUUGGAAAGGAAAUACAAGCACCUUUGUAAUUAAGUAGUCAAACUCUGACAGUUUUUCUGAUGAUUCUUUUUUUUGAAAGAAUCAGAAAAAUAUGCACCAGUGUUUCCUUAUUUCCACACGAUCUAAAGCUCCCUCCCAACCAGUACCUGUAACUUAAAGACACGGUAAGCCCGAGGCAGGACAGCUUCACAGUGGUCCCCUGAUAAAACAUGGUUUGUGGCAAAGGGGAAGGCAGCUUCGGUGUGAAGCCACCCAGUGGGUCUGGCCCCAGCAUCUCAGAGAAUACCAGGAUUCCAGCAGUCCAUUCUGAAACUCAAGGUCGUAGAUGCUGCUUAGUUAAUGAGUUUGUUUUUAAGGAUGUCCACUCUAGAAGUGGAUUAUUCCUCUCUAAUUUCACUAAACAAUUGCUGCAAAUGUGAAAUUUCUGGUUGACCUUUUUUGUGGGAGGAGGGAUAGGGAUAUUAUUGUCUUAUUUUUAGUGUGCCUUUUACAUGUCUAGACUGUCUUUUCAAAUUGAUUACGAGCCUUCAUUUAAACUGAAGCAAGGAAAGGUUUAAUAUUAUUUAUGAAGCAUUUCCCUUGAAUGUCAGGGUUGUGAUUUUUCUUCCAAAUAAUUAUUUAGGGAUGUUGUUGUUGGGUUUGUUUUCUGCUUAAAUGUAUUUACAUGAACGUUUUCUUGGCAAAAUGUUCCUCGAGGUUAAAAAAAAUGUGCUGCUUUUUGAACGGAGUAAGUUCUUCAGUGUUUCGUUGACUUAUUUGAGUGGAAAAGUUUGAUUCUAAUAAAAAUUUCCUCUUCCUUUGGCAAAUGUCGGUGUUUUUAAAGUCUUCCUAAAGGAAAGGGGAGCUGGGGUGGCUUUUUGCUUUUUUGUUAGUUAUCUAGGGCCCCUUCCCUUCCGCUUGGUGCUCCUUCCCCACCAUUGUUUUAUGAGCCUUUGAACUAGUUCUAUCUACAACUGAGAAUGAUGGUUGAAAGUGGACCUAAACCAGAUCAUUUCUGGGUGGGAUACACAAGAAACUGGUUCCUCUGGUACAAGGGGUUGUCUCUAGGAGGAGGAGGGGUGUGGGGGGGUUCUGGAGAGAGACUUUCAUUCUAUACUUGUGUACUGUUGGACUAUUCUGUUUUUAACCAAGUAUAUAUAAUUAAUAUAUGCAAAGCCUGUUUUGGGGUUGUUUUUGUAAUUGGCUGGAGUCCGUGGUAUAUAGCUUUGAAGGAACUUGCUUUUGAAAUUUACCAACUGCAGAGCUUACUGAGUUGUGUGUCAUUUAGAAAAAGAAAAUAUUUUAGGAUUUUAUUUAUUUAUUUAUUCAUGAGAGACACACACAGAGAGGCAGAGACACAGGCAGAGGGAGAAGCAGGCUCCCUGCGGGGAGCCCCAUGUGGGACUCGAUCCUGGGACUCCAGGAUCCUGCCCUGGGCCAAAGGCAGGCACUCAACUGCUGAGCCACCCAGGUGCCCCAUAGAAAAGUAUUUGAAGGCCUGCAUGGAUCUGUGACCUCAAUGUACCACAUGUCAUUGUCAACCCUUCCAUAUUUGCUUCAGUGGCAGAUUGGCCUCAGUUUUGUGGCCUCAGUUGAAAGGCUUGUCCAGUGGCUCCAGCCCAUUCACACCUGCAGAAUUUUCUUCUUAGCUGGUUUUCCUCCUUCUUCCUCUCUGCAGCCCUGAGCCGCCUGCGAGCAGAACUGCUGGAGAGCUUCUCCUGGCUCCCGGAGUGCCUGCCAGCCUCCCAGCCCCCCUUCUCUGUGCCUGGGACCCGUGACCUCGGCCUGCGGGAGCCGGGACCCGCCGUGGGAAGGCAUGACGCGGCGCCAGGCCCAAGGGAGCUGAGUCAGCCUGCCCGCGCCGAGCAGCUGCCACUGCGGCCCCAGAGUCGUUGCAACAAAUCACCUCUUUUAAUGCUCUUUGGCAGAGAUCAAAUCUACACGUUGUACAAUGGUAGAUGGAGUGAUGAUGCUUCCUGUGCUAAUGAUGAUCGCCUUCCCUUCCCCUAGUAUGGAAGAUGAGAAGCCCAAGGUAAACCCCAAACUUUACAUGUGUGUGUGUGAAGGCCUCUCCUGUGGGAACGAGGACCAUUGUGAAGGCCAGCAGUGCUUUUCCUCAUUGAGCAUAAACGAUGGCUUCCAUGUCUACCAGAAAGGCUGCUUCCAGGUCUACGAGCAGGGGAAGAUGACCUGUAAGACCCCACCAUCACCUGGCCAAGCUGUGGAGUGCUGCCAAGGGGACUGGUGUAACAGGAACAUCACGGCCCAGCUGCCCACUAAAGGGAAAUCCUUUCCUGAAACACAGAAUUUCCACUUGGAGGUCGGCCUCAUUAUUCUGUCCGUAGUAUUUGCAGUAUGCCUUCUAGCUUGCCUACUGGGAGUCGCUCUCCGAAAAUUUAAAAGGCGUAAUCAAGAACGCCUCAAUCCCAGAGAUGUGGAGUACGGCACCAUCGAAGGGCUCAUCACCACCAAUGUUGGAGACAGCACUCUAGCAGAUUUAUUGGAUCAUUCGUGUACAUCAGGAAGUGGCUCUGGUCUCCCCUUUCUGGUACAAAGAACAGUGGCUCGUCAGAUCACACUGUUGGAGUGUGUCGGGAAAGGCAGGUAUGGUGAGGUAUGGAGGGGCAGCUGGCAAGGGGAGAACGUUGCUGUGAAGAUCUUCUCCUCCCGGGAUGAGAAGUCGUGGUUCAGGGAAACAGAAUUGUACAACACUGUGAUGCUGAGGCAUGAAAAUAUUUUAGGUUUUAUUGCUUCAGACAUGACAUCAAGACACUCCAGUACCCAGUUGUGGUUAAUCACACAUUAUCAUGAAAUGGGAUCGUUGUACGACUAUCUUCAGCUUACUACUCUGGAUACGGUUAGCUGCCUGCGAAUAGUGCUGUCCAUAGCUAGUGGUCUUGCACAUUUGCACAUAGAGAUAUUUGGGACCCAAGGAAAGCCAGCCAUUGCUCAUCGAGAUUUAAAGAGCAAAAACAUCCUGGUUAAGAAGAAUGGACAGUGUUGCAUAGCAGAUUUGGGCCUGGCAGUCAUGCAUUCCCAGAGUACCAAUCAGCUUGAUGUGGGGAACAACCCCCGUGUGGGCACCAAACGCUACAUGGCUCCUGAAGUUCUAGAUGAAACCAUCCAGGUGGACUGUUUCGAUUCUUACAAGAGAGUUGAUAUUUGGGCCUUUGGUCUUGUCUUGUGGGAAGUGGCCAGGCGUAUGGUGAGCAACGGUAUUGUGGAGGAUUACAAGCCACCAUUUUACGAUGUGGUCCCCAAUGACCCGAGUUUUGAAGAUAUGAGAAAGGUGGUCUGUGUGGAUCAACAGAGGCCAAACAUACCCAAUAGGUGGUUCUCAGACCCGACAUUAACCUCUCUGGCUAAGCUGAUGAAAGAAUGCUGGUAUCAGAAUCCAUCUGCAAGACUCACAGCUCUGCGUAUCAAAAAGACUUUGACCAAAAUUGAUAAUUCCCUAGACAAAUUGAAAACUGACUGUUGACAUUUUCAUGGAGUCAAGAAGGAAGAUUUGACGUUGUCAUUGUCCAGCUGGGACCUAAUGCUGGCCUGACUGGUUGUCAGAACAGAAUCCAUCUGUCUCCCUCCGCAAAUGGCUGCUUUGCCAAGGCAGACAUCCUACCCAGCCGUGUGUUGGGGAGACACCAAAACCACCCUAACCUCGCUCAAUGACUGUGACCUGGGCAUUUCACAAACUGUUCACACUACAGAGACUAAUGUCGGACAGACACUGUUGCAAAGGUAGGGGAACUGGAGGAACACAGAGAAAUCCUAAAAGAGAUCUGGGCAUUAAGACAGUGGCUUUGCAUAUCUUUCACAGGUCUCCUAGACUCUCCCCAUGGGAAACUCAAGGAGGUGGUGAAUUUUUAUCAGCAAUAUUGCCUGUGCUUCUCUUCUUUAUUGCACUAGGAAUUCUUUGCAUUCCUUACUUGCACUGUUACUCUUAAUUUUAAAGACCCAACUUGCCAAAACGUUGGCUGCAUACUCCACUGGUCUGUCUUUGGAUAAUAGGAAUUCAAUUUGGCAAAACAAAAUGUAAUGUCAGACUUUGCUGCAUUUUACACAUGUGCUGAUGUUUACAAUGAUGCUGAAACAUUAGGAAUUGUUUAUACACAACUUUGCAAAUUAUUUAUUACUUGUGCACUUAGCAGUUUUUACAAAACUGCUUCGCGCAUAUGUUAAAGCUUAUUUUUAUGUGGUCUUAUGAUUUUAUUACUGAAAUGUUUUUAACACUAUACUCUGAAAUGGACAUUUUUCUUUUAUUAUCAGUUAAAUUCACAUUUUAAGUGCUUCACAUUUGUAUGUGUGUAGACUGUAACUUUUUUCAGUUCAUAUGCAGAAAUGUAUUUAGCCAUUACCCAUGUGACACCACCGAAUAUAUUACUGAUUUAGAAGCAAAGAUUUCAGUAGAAUUUUAGUCCUGAACGCUGUGGGGAAAAUGCAUUUUCUUCGGAAUUAUCCAUUAUGUGCAUUUAAACUCUGCCAGAAAAAAAAUAACUAUUUUGUUUUAAUCUACUUUUUGUAUUUAGUAGUUAUUUGUAUAAAUUAAAUAAAAGGUUUUCAA